UUAAUGAGCGAAUCGUUAAAUUUUAAUCUAAAGUUAUACAGAGAAAGAUUGGUUGAUAAAUAUUCAAAAUCUCCUGUUGAAACAAGAUUUGAUUCAUCCAUUAAUGGUAUAGAAAGUCAAAGAAAAACUUCGAUAAAGAAAGAUAAGGCAAAGUAAUUAUAAUUAUAAUUUGUAUAAUAAUAAGUGCUCCUUCAUUAAAUACCUUAGUAAAUAAACUCUAAGAAUAUAGUAAUAAGAAAACUAAAUAAAAUGAUUCGUUUUUAUUUAAAUCAGGUAAAAGCAAUCAAAAUUCAUCUCCAAGUAAAAUAAAUGGAUUACAUUAAAAGUAAAUAUAAAUUAAAUUACACUUAGAAUAUAAUCAAUAUCUUCAUUAUCACCUCCUCCUUAAUAAAAUAAUUUACAAUUUCCAUCUAAAGGUCAUUAAUAUUCAAUAACAUAAUUUAGUGGAAUACUUUCCCCUUAAAAACAAAGUGUAAUAAAUCCAACUCAUUUUUCUUAAAUGACAGAUAGAUAUGAUUAAUAAGAAUCUAAUACUGAUAUUUCAAGUCUUAUCCCUUUACAUGAAAUUGUUAAUAUGCGAACUAAACUUGAAAAUGCAAAUAUUAAUGUGGCCAACAUUACACCUACAUAUUUGACAGAAUUUAUUAAAUUAGCUAAUACUAUUCAUUUACAAUUAAAAGUGAAUAAAAAGUAAGGGUGAC